CAACAUUCAAUUUGUAAACAUUGACUGCACGUGUAAUUUCAUUGGAGGAGCAUCUCUUUCCAAUUUCUUCAAAUUAAUUAAUUUUUUACUAAAAAUCUUUAAAAAUGAGUGAUGAUGAGCUCAGCGACGAUAUGCAAGAGUUGAAUGAACUCAUUGCCGAGUAUCGUGAAAAAGAAGAGGCUGAAAAUGGCGACAAAGCUAACGAACAAAACGAGGAGUCAGAGCAAAACAAUGCAAAUGAAGCGGUGAAAAAACAAAAGAAUGUGGACACUUCUGGUCCCAUUGAGGUACCCAUGGACAAAGUUUUGUUUGGUGAUAAAGAUAAGUUAUUGAAAAACCUUAAAAGGGCAGUGGGCCAGAAGGCCAAGACGGGUGAUGAUGAAGAAGAAAAGGAGGGUUCCAAGAAAAAGCGGAAACCUGUAUGGGUUGAUGAAGAUGAUGAAGUUAUUCAACUGGGUGAUGUCAAAAAGGAAAAUAAACGUACUGGCCCUUUGGAUCAUUUGAAAUUGGACAAGUCAUACAAAGAACAUUUGACUGCCCGCUUUACUCGUAUUGUGAAUCAGCCGAAAUGGGCAAAUUUGGAUGAAAAGGAUAAGGCCAAACGUUCAGAUGAUGAGGGUGAUGAUGGUGACUUACUGAGGACUGUUGGUUUUCUUAGUAAACCAGCAGAAGGUAUUUUGCUGGAAAAACAUAUUAGUGCCAAAAGGAUGAAGGAUGUUAAUCGAGCAACUUAUGCAGAGGGAAAUAUCAAUAGCAUACAAUUUCACCCUAGCAGCACAGCAGCUUUGGUUGCGGGCGACAAGGGUAUUGCUUCCAUUUAUGCCAUCGAUGGCACACAAAAUGAUAAGCUCCAUAAUAUACACAUCCCCAAUUUUCCCAUUAAAUGUGCGCGUCUCCUUCCUUGCGGAACAAAGGCAGUAUUUGGUUCUAAUGCCAAAUAUGCCUAUUUGUAUGAUCUAAUGACUGCCAAGGAGACACGUUACAAUUUGCGUAAGGACAGUGGGAACCUGAGUAAUUUUACGAUAUCGCCCUGUGGUCGCUAUAUGGUAUCGGCUGGACUUUGUGGUGAAAUCCACAUACAGGAAGCAAAAACAUUUGAAAUUAUUGCCUCGCUCAAACAAAAUGACAAGGUGGCUACCAUUUGUUUUACCAAUGAUUCCCUGAGGCUAGUGGUAAGCGGUAACUCAGCCAAUGUAUGUGUGUUUUCGAUGCGCCAGCAACGUUUGGAACAUCGAUUCAUUGAUGAUGGUUGCAUUGCUGGCAAGGCAAUGGAUUUGUCACCCAAUCAACGUCUAUUGGCAACUGGCAGCAUGGAGGGUGUUGUUAAUGUUUAUGAUUUUGAAAAUAUUAUGCAGACUCAAACGCCGCUGCCAAUUAAAAGCUUCCUUAAUCUAAGAACGGCCAUCAGUAGUGUUAGAUUUAAUCAUAGUUCGGAGAUUUUGGCAUUUGCUUCUAGUCGCUGUCCAAAUGCCUUGAAACUGGCACAUUUUCCCAGCGGCACCGUUUAUGCAAACUUUCCUGGUUUCAUGCCGAAUCUUGGUAAUGUAAACUGCAUGGAAUUUUCGCCGCACUCAGCCUACUUGGCAUUGGGCAAUAACAAAGAAUGUCCACUGUUUAGACUUAAGCAUUUUAAAAAUUAUUAAUAAAAGAUAUUGAAUAUAUAAAUGAUGUGUAUAUUGAAAAAUAUAUAUUUUUUUAAGUAAAA